UUAUUUUGUUGAUUGGCGCUACAGAUGUCAACCUUUGGCUUAUGAUGCUUUCUGAUGCAAUCACAGCUAUCACUCUGGUAUCUGUAGAUGAUUGCAUUAGAAAAUCACUGUGUCACACUAUUCAAUACAUGCAGGACAAUGUGUGUCAGUGUCUGAUGUGAUAUUAUAGUAUAUUGUACAUUGUUGAUUGGUGAAUAGCUGAGUUAAUAUUGUAUUUGAACAAACUGACAGUAUUUUCCUGCUUUCUUAUACUAUGCUUAUUGAUUGCUGAGUGUCUUUCAGUUAUAAUUUCUGUCAUGUCUCCUUAAAUGUAUAAAUCUGAUCCACAGUAUGUGCCAUCGACUUGAUGAUGUCAUGAAGCUGUGUUGUGAGUUAUCUGCCAAUCAGCAAAUCCAGACCACAGUGAAAGGCUCAGGGAAGGGAGCAGCAGCAGCGGGCGGUCUGGCCUUCGCUGGAGGGUUAGUCGGGGGACCUCUUGGUAUCGCAGUCGGCGGUGCUGUCGGAGGCCUUCUGGGCUGCUGGCUGACCAGUGGACAGUUCAAACCGCUGCCUCAGAUCAUAAUGGAGCUCAGUCCUCAGCAGCAGCAGAAGCUUUAUGGUAGUCUUCUGGCUGUGCUGGGAGACAUUCAGUGGACAGAUUUGGCUCAGCUAACUGCUCUAGUGAUGGGCAACGCCACCCUGAAGCAGCAGCUGACAGCGACCCUUCUCGGCUACAUCUCCAAGGAGCUCCAGGCGCAGGUGCACUACGUGGAUUAGUGUCUGUGGAAGAACUGGGAUACCCUGACUCAGGGGCGCACAUGCUCAGAAGGAUGGAGUCUUUUGAAAAGAAUGUGAACUGUUUUUAUGACACUGGAGAGACUCUUUAUCAAAUGUGAAAUGACAUAUUGUAAAUUUGCACAGACGCCAUCACAGUCUUGGUUACAGGUUAUACGGUUAUUGUGAAAACAGCUGUAUACCUGGAUUAAUGUAUUAUUGGAAGUACACUCAUCAGAUGAAGGAAUUAUUUAUUCAUCAAUGGCACUGUUAAUCAUAUAAGAGACAUAGUGGUUCUGUUUGUGAUAACGGUUUUAUACAAAAUGUAAAAAAUACAUUUGACACACCACAUGGCACAUCACACAGGGGAGGAACGAUGGAGCUUUCAUCCUAUCUUUAUCCAAGAGCGUGUUCUUUCAACAUGAGAGCAUCGCUCAUUGAGUCCACGCUCAGAGUUGGUACUGUCUUUAGCUUGAUCCAAUAGACUAAUUGAGUUUCUAUUUUCUAGUUAGUGUUGGUUUUCUAGAGGGGGCCGGGGCACUGUAAUGGGAAAAUAUGUUAUAGUAUCAUGUGAUGUUUUAAAAGAUCUACCACUGAAAGUGAUGAACACAGACAGACACAAAACAGCAGUCCUGCAGAAGAUUUUAAUUAGUUUUGAAUCCAGGUGUCCUGGUAUCUCUUAGCUGAUUGCACGCUCCCACGAGGAUGAGAAGUGAAGAGACACUGUUGUCUUUGUCUGUAAGACAAAGAUUGAGACAGAACCUUGAAACCGGAACUGAAUGUCCUGGCAGAAAACAGCCUGUGUCUGAACUCCUAUCCUCCCCUGUUUAUGAUUCAUCUGAAGGCGUAAAGGCGUGAACCUUUGGUAUGCAUAAAUGAUGUUGAAUGUUGCACUUUGUCGAAGGUUUCACACAGUCUACUGAAUACGUAGCUGUUGUGCUUUCUUCCCUCUUGCAAGA